UCGCGGCAACCAGUUACGAGAACCAGUCGUAAGGUUGGUAGACGUGGCUAGUCGCUUCUGUCGACACAGAGUUGCCUGGAGAUGGUAGAGUGUACAUAACAGAAAAUGUCACAUUACUUUCGCGAUAGGUGAUCGAGCAUCUUGCGGGCGAGAAAUCGAUCAAUAUGCCGAAGAAAUUCGUGGGUGAGAAUAGCAAGGCGGUUGCCGCCCGAGCUCGAAAAGCGGCGGCCAAAGAAGCCGAGACUGUCAAAAAAGCGAAGGAAGCGGAAGAUAAGGCAUGGGAGGACAAUGAUAAGCAAGUAUUGAAGAAGAAACAGAAACAAGAAGAAGUCGAGAAGAAACGUCAACAGCAAUUAGAAAAAAAGGCGGAGGCGAAAGCUCUGCUUGAAAAGGAAAUGGCAAAUAUAAAAGUCGGUGGCAAGCAGCCAGCGUCGAAGAUUACUAGAGCCGAAAUCGUGUCCAUCACCGAGAAACGAAAUCAAGUGGCUAUGAAGAAGAAGGAGGACGAGAAACCGAUCGAGGAAAAUUUAAACAGAUUGAUUUUGGAAGGUGAAACGGCUCACGGUAUAGAUGAAGCUAUAUCUGUUUUAAGUUCAAAGGAUCCAGAAUUAGAUCGACACCCGGAGAAACGAAUGAAAGCCGCGUACGCGAGCUUCGAGGAACGAACGAUGCCGAUGAUUAAAGAACAAAAUCCUACUUUGAGAUUGAGUCAGUUGAAACAAAUACUUAGGAAAGAAUGGAUGAAGUCGGCUGAGAAUCCGCUUAAUCAAACGUUGAAUCGUUGACGACUGUAUGAUGAUAUCAAACGAACGCGACACACACUUGCGCAUCAUGGACUGAUUAAUUAUUUAAUUUUGUUAAAAUAAAUAACAACCAACUUGCAUUACGAUGUAAUCAUCUGUAUACAAUUUUAUUUGUAAAACAUAUAACUUAUAUUAAAAAGUAUAUGAAAAAUAA